AUGGGCUCAGUAAUCUGGGACGACCAAAACCGCUACGUCGGUAACCAUCCCUGGUGGAAAGCUGCAUCAUUUUACCAAGUCUACCCAGCGAGCUUCAAAGAUUCCAACGGCGACGGCUGGGGCGACUUACCCGGUCUCAUUUCCAAGCUUGGUUAUCUUCACGACUUGGGAAUUGACGUUGUAUGGGUCUCUCCAAUUUUUGAAAGUCCACAAAGUGACAUGGGCUACGACGUAUCCGAUUAUCAGAAAAUUUACGAACCCUACGGAAGUGUGAAAGACGUCGACAUUCUCGUCGCAGAGUGUCAUAGACGGGGCUUGAAGGUUAUUCUUGACCUUGUUGUCAACCACACCUCUUCCGAGCACAGAUGGUUCAAAGAAUCAAGAUCGUCGCGUGAUAAUGCGAAGAGAGAUUGGUAUAUAUGGAAACCAGCUCGUUAUGAUGAAAAUGGCGUGAGACAACCUCCUACGAAUUGGAGGGGAUAUUUCGCUUCCUCUACGUGGACUUGGGAUGAGCUCACUCAAGAGUACUAUCUCCAUCUGUACGCGUCGGACCAACCUGAUUUAAAUUGGGAUAACCAGGAGUGUCGCGAAGCUAUCUAUGAGGACACCAUGCGGUUUUGGCUUGAUCGCGGUGUCGACGGCUUCAGAAUUGACACAGUUAACAAAUACUCUAAGAGGAGGGAUUUUGUCGAUGCGCCGAUCACGGAUCCUUCGUCACCUCAUCAGCCCGCGCCGGAAAUGUGGUGCAACGGACCUAGGAUCCAUGAAUUCAUCCAUGAGAUGUAUGAGAAAGUCCUCAAGCCAUAUAACGCUGUAUCUGUCGGCGAGCUUUCCAACACACCUUGUCCAUCACAAGUCAUUCCUUAUGUGUCAGCUGCUGCGAAGGAGUUGGAUAUGGUGUUCGAAUUCUCUAUGAUCAGACUAGGCAACGGUAACGGUUUUGGAGACAAGUAUAUCUACCAACCGUUCUCGCUACCGAGGUUGAAAGCGGUUGUGGAAAAGUGGCAGAGUUUCAUUGAAGGAACAGAUGCAUGGACGACGGUGUUCUGCGAGAACCACGACAACGGACGAGCUGUUGAUCGUUUUGGUGACGCAUCAACACCUGAGUGGUGGCUCAAGUCUGCCAAGACCAUCGCGCUAUGGCAGACGACUAUGACAGGCACUCUCUUCUUGUAUCAGGGUCAAGAAAUCGGUAUGACGAACAUGCCUCAAUCUUGGGGUAUUGAAGAGUACAAGGAUAUUGAGAGUAGGAAUUUCUAUGACGAGGCCGUGAGAUCGGGCAAUCCGCAACGGGUGAAAGACACGAUGAAUGGUCUUCAAAUAAUGGCUCGCGAUCAUUCUCGAAUUCCUUUCCAGUGGGACGAUACACCGAAUGCUGGCUUUUCACAAGCAGGCGCUCAGCCGUGGAUGAGGGUGCACGAUGAUUACCGCACCAUCAACGCAGCCAAGCAAACAAAAGACCCACGGUCAAUUCUGAGUUUUUAUAAGGCGCUGUUGAGAGUCAGGAAACGACACCAAGAUGUUUUUGUGUUUGGUUCAUUCAAGCUUGUGGAUUUGGAUGACGAGUCUGUGUUUAGUUUCGUUAAGGAGAGUGAACGUGGGAGAAAAGCGCUGGUGGUGAUGAAUAUGAGUCGGGAGGAUGCAAUUGGUCCGGAUAUUUGUACCGCUCUGGGCUGUGAGACUGAUCAAGUGAGGCUGCUUGUUUGUACGACGGAUCAGGCAAGGCCGCGGGAUGGUGGACGACCGGUACUUUGUGGAUGGGAAGGGAGGGUUUAUACAGACUUUGCAUUGGAGUAG